UCGCGGCUCGGAAGGAAUGGAAAAUGGCGGCCUAGGCGCGGAGUUUCCUGGCGGAGCGGCGGCGGCGGCCUGGGCGCCGGGACGCGGGCGGCGGCAUGACGCGCUGGGUGCCCACCAAGCGGGAGGAGAAAUACGGCGUGGCUUUUUAUAACUAUGAUGCGAGGGGAGCGGAUGAACUUUCUUUACAAAUAGGAGACACCGUGCACAUCCUGGAAACGUAUGAAGGGUGGUACAGAGGUUACACCUUAAGGAAAAAGUCUAAGAAGGGUAUAUUUCCUGCUUCAUAUAUUCAUCUUAAAGAAGCCAUAGUUGAAGGAAAAGGGCAACAUGAGACGGUCAUCCCAGGCGACCUCCCGCUCAUACAGGAAGUCACCACAACACUGAGAGAGUGGUCCAGCAUCUGGAGGCAGCUCUACGUGCAAGAUAACAGGGAGAUGUUUCGAAACGUUCGGCACAUGAUCUACGACCUUAUUGAGUGGCGAUCGCAAAUUCUUUCUGGAACUCUGCCACAGGAUGAGCUCAAAGAACUGAAGAAGAAAGUCACUGCCAAAAUUGAUUAUGGAAACAGGAUCCUUGAUUUGGACUUGGUGGUGAGAGAUGAAGAUGGGAACAUUCUGGAUCCAGAACUAACUAGCACGAUUAGUCUUUUCAGAGCUCACGAAGUAGCUUCUAAACAAGUGGAGGAAAGAUUACAAGAAGAAAAGUCUCAGAAGCAGAACAUAGACAUUAACAGACAAGCCAAGUUUGCUGCCACCCCUUCUCUGGCCUUGUUUGUCAACCUCAAAAACGUGGUGUGUAAAAUCGGAGAAGAUGCUGAAGUGCUCAUGUCUCUGUAUGACCCUGUGGAGUCCAAGUUCAUCAGUGAAAACUACCUAGUUCGCUGGUCAAGUUCAGGAUUGCCUAAAGAUAUAGACAGAUUACACAAUUUGCGAGCUGUUUUCACUGAUCUCGGAAGCAAAGACCUGAAAAGGGAGAAAAUCAGUUUUGUGUGUCAGAUUGUUCGCGUGGGUCGCAUGGAACUGAGAGACAAUAACACAAGGAAGCUGACCUCCGGCUUGCGGCGGCCAUUCGGGGUGGCCGUGAUGGAUGUGACAGAUAUAAUAAAUGGAAAAGUCGAUGAUGAAGAUAAGCAGCAUUUCAUUCCCUUUCAGCCGCUCGCGUUGGACGACGCCAUUCGACACAAGCCGCUGAACAUGUCAUCCCGUUUUUCACCCAGGGUGGCGGGGGAGAAUGACUUCCUUCAGACUGUUAUAAACAAAGUCAUUGCUGCCAAAGAAGUCAACCACAAGGGCCAGGGUUUGUGGGUAACAUUGAAAUUACUUCCUGGAGAUAUCCAUCAGAUUAGAAAAGAAUUUCCUCAUUUGGUGGACAGGACCACAGCGGUGGCGCGGAAAACGGGGUUUCCGGAGAUAAUCAUGCCUGGUGAUGUCCGAAACGAUAUCUAUGUAACAUUAGUUCAAGGAGAUUUUGAUAAAGGAAGCAAAACGACGGCAAAGAAUGUUGAGGUUACAGUGUCUGUUUACGAUGAAGAUGGAAAACGACUGGAGCACGUGAUUUUCCCGGGUGCUGGUGAUGAAGCUAUUUCAGAAUACAAGUCCGUGAUUUAUUACCAAGUGAAACAGCCGCGCUGGUUUGAGACGGUUAAGGUGGCCAUCCCCAUCGAGGACGUGAACCGCAGUCACCUACGGUUUACCUUCCGACAUAGAUCGUCCCAGGACUCGAAGGAUAAAUCCGAGAAAAUAUUCGCACUCGCUUUUGUAAAGCUGAUGCGCUAUGAUGGGACCACCCUAAGAGACGGGGAACAUGAUCUUAUUGUCUAUAAGGCUGAAGCGAAGAAGCUGGAAGACGCCGGCACGUACUUGAGCCUGCCGUCCACCAAAGCCGAGUUAGAAGAGAAGGGCCACUCGGCGACCGGCAAGAGCAUGCAGAGUCUCGGGAGCUGCACCAUCAGCAAAGAUUCCUUCCAGAUCUCAACUCUCGUGUGCUCCACCAAACUGACCCAGAAUGUGGACCUGCUGGGGCUGCUGAAGUGGCGAUCCAACACCAACCUGCUGCAGCAGAACCUGAGGCAGCUGAUGAAGGUGGAUGGUGGCGAAGUGGUGAAGUUCCUCCAGGACACCUUGGAUGCCCUCUUCAACAUCAUGAUGGAGAAUUCGGAGAGCGAGACCUUUGAUACAUUAGUGUUUGAUGCUCUGGUAUUUAUCAUUGGACUAAUUGCUGAUAGAAAAUUUCAGCAUUUUAAUCCUGUUUUGGAAACCUACAUUAAGAAACACUUUAGUGCGACAUUAGCCUACACGAAGCUGACGAAAGUUUUAAGGAGCUAUGUGGACAAUGCCGAGAAGCCAGGAAUCAGCGACCAGCUGUAUAAAGCCAUGAAAGCUUUAGAGUACAUCUUCAAGUUCAUCGUGCGCUCCCGGAUCCUGUUCAAUCAGCUGUACGAAAACAAAGGAGAGGCCGAUUUCGUGGAGUCCUUGGUGCAGCUGUUCCGAUCCAUCAGCGACAUGAUGAGCGGCGUGUCGGACCAGACCGUCCGGGUGAAGGGUGCAGCGCUGAAAUACUUGCCAACCAUUGUCAACGAUGUGAAAUUGGUAUUUGAUCCCAAAGAGCUCAGCAAAAUGUUUACUGAUUUCAUCCUAAAUGUUCCCGUGGGUUUGCUGACCAUUCAGAAGCUGUAUUGCUUGAUUGAAAUAAUUCACAGUGACCUCUUCACACAGCAUGACUGCAGAGAGAUCCUGCUUCCCAUGAUGACGGAUCAGCUCAGGUACCAUCUGGAGAGACAGGAAGAUCUGGAGGCCUGCUGCCAGCUGCUCAGCAACGUCCUGGAGGUUCUGUACAGGAAGGACGUGGGACCAACUCAGAGGCAUGUCCAGAUUAUCAUGGAGAAGCUUCUCCGGACAGUGAACCGAACCGUCAUUUCCAUGGGGCGGGAUUCCGAACUCAUCGGAAACUUCGUGGCCUGUAUGACAGCUAUUUUACGACAAAUGGAAGAUUAUCAUUACGCCCAUUUGAUCAAGACUUUUGGGAAAAUGAGGACCGAUGUAGUGGAUUUCCUGAUGGAAACAUUCAUCAUGUUUAAGAACCUCAUUGGGAAGAAUGUCUACCCUUUCGACUGGGUUAUCAUGAACAUGAUGCAGAAUAAAGUCUUUCUGCGAGCGAUUAAUCAGUAUGCAGAUAUGCUGAACAAAAAAUUUCUGGACCAAGCCAACUUUGAGCUACAGCCCACGUUACGGGGGUGGGAUUUGCCCUCCCACGGGGCUCAGGGGCUGCCUGACACCGGGCAGCUCAAGGACGGGGAGCUUCUAACCAUUUCCUUUAGGUUUGCUCUGGAACCCCUCCUGCCAAAGAAAAUGCACUCCCGGUCCCAGGACAAGCUAGACAAGGACGACCCAGAUAAAGAGAAGAAGGACAAGAAGAAGGAAAAAAGGAACAGCAAACAUCAAGAGAUAUUUGAUAAAGAAUUUAAACCCACUGACAUUCCCCUGCAGCAAUCUGAGGCUGUGAUCCUUUCAGAAACGAUAAGUCCCCUGCGGCCCCAGAGACCGAAGAGCCAGGUGAUCAACGUCAUGGGGAGUGAAAGGCGCUUCUCGGUGUCGCCGUCCUCACCGUCCUCCCAGCACACGCCUCCUCCGGUCACACCGAGGGCCAAGCUCAGCUUCAGCCUGCAGUCCAGUUUGGAGCUGAAUGGCAUGACUGGACUGGACGUGGCUGACGUUCCGCCUCCUCUGCCUCUCAAAGGCACCAGCGCAGACUACGGGACCUUGACCGAGACCCUGGACCUGACAGGCUUGCCGAGCCCCCUGCCCCCUCCUCCUCACCAGAGGCAUCUCCCCCCUCCGCUGCCCAGCAAGACCCCGCCGCCGCCGCCUCCCAAGACAACGCGCAAGCAGACCUCGGUGGACUCCGGGAUCGUGCAGUGAACGCGCAGCGCCCUCCGGAGCGCCGGCCGGGCUCCUUCCUCCCCGUCCCUCCGCAUCUUCUCGCGCACGCCUGGCGUUUACCUCACUGGGCCUGCGAUGUCUGAUGCCGAGUGCAAUUGCUUUUCCUUAACGGGGGUUCGUCCCCAGCCACGGAGUGAGAGGGCUUUAGCGUUGGGGAGGGAGGUGGACACGGGCCUGGGACGCGCUUUUAUGUUUGUCACAGUCGGAGCCUUCUGAGUGUGUCCGUCUUGAGAGAGCCUAAGUCUUGCCCGGAAGUCCUUUCUUUUUGUGCCAAGUGACACGUUGGCAAAGAGGCCGGUUGACCUGAGUAGAGCGCAGUAAGGCGAGCUUAGGCCUUCCCUGCAGGACUGUGUAGUAACAGCCUAGGAACCCUCAUCUCUCGAGGCCAAACCCUGGCUGACUCUCGCAGGAUGUUUUAUCAGACCCUCCUGGCUGCACCUGGUGGUGUGACUUUUUGUUGGUUGAGUGUCCCUUCAGCUUACAUCAGGCAACCAAGGUCAGCCCUUUCAGGGAAGUUCCUGAUUUCCUUUGGCAUCAUUUAAAACAGGAUAUUUCUCCGCUACUGAACAGUUACUAAUUUAUGGAGUGGAGACACCAUUAAAAAUACUGGGAUCAAAGUGGAAAAAUAAAUGAGUAUAUAGGCAGAUCAGUUUUCUCUCUUUUUCGAAAAACAAUACGUAGACGGCAGGAGAUGGUUUUAACUGGGUGAACUCUUGUGCUCGUUCUGUACAGAAGUUUGUAUAUAUGAGGGUCUUUAGAACUUGUUUUAACGUUUGUGGUCCUUCUGUUUAUUGCAAUACGUGUCCGCAAAUGGUUCCCAGUAUGUGUUCUUAACGUUUAACUGAGGGAAGUGUAAAAAAAACCCAAAUUAAGUUUUCUUGGGUUUUUUAUUCCCAAAGCUCAAGUCCUAAAAAUCAUUGCGGACAAAAAACUAACUUAGUAUAACCUAAUAUUUUUAUUCUAUCAUCUAUAUUUUUUUAUUCACUAUAAUCAUGAUAUUCUUCUAGUAGGCUCGAAAGUUAAUCCGUGACAACGAAAAAUAAAAUGUCAUUUAAAAAGACUCGCAGUGUCUGACGUCCUAUGUUUUUAUCCCUUGAUGUAAAAUCUAAAAGCCGCUGUUUUCUGUUUUGCUUUC